AUGUUUUGCCGCUACUCUGUCUUCUUCAUUCUCUCCCUUCCCUUGUCGUCUUCACUCUAUCUCCCCGACUCCAACCCUUUGCUGGCCUUCGACGGCCAGGUCAGAGAGGUUCAUCUCUACACAGAAAACCACAGACACGGACUGUACCUGAAGAUGAUGGAGGAUGGGAGUGUGGCAGGAAGCUCUGCUCAGAGCCUCAGUAGUGUGAUGGAGCUGAAAGCAGUGAAACCAGGCCACAUAGUGAUCCAGGGACAGCUAUCAUCCAUGUAUCUGUGUGUGGAUCCAGCAGGCUCACUGAGGGCGCAGAAACACUACACAGAGCACGACUGCACCUUCAGAGAGCUUCUUCUGGCAGACGGAUACACUCGCUUCCUUUCUUCCUUUUAUGGAUUUCCCGUGUCCCUGGCAUCGAACCGCUCCCCAGAUCGACAAGCACUUCCUUUCACUCGAUUCCUGCCACUUAAGAAUACUCUGAUGAGGCAGAGUCUUCCAGAGCAACCCAAAAGUACAGAGGGAUACGUUAACCUGGACUCUCAUGACCUGUUUGGCAUGCACAGAAAUACUCUGGGAAGUCCUCACUUCUCAGCAGACCACAAGAAAUAG